AUGCGCACUCACCCGAUAGCAGUUACGGCCGCCGCGCUGGCUGGCAGCAUGGUCUCCAGCAUGUACGUAGAUGCCAAGUACCACAUCUCCAAGGAUUUCAAGGCCCUCCGAGGUCGACGGACAGUGACCAAAUUUGUCGAAAACUCGAUCAAGAGCAGCCGUGUUUCUCCCUAUUAUUUCUUCGAAGAAGCGGUCCAAAAGGAUCCCUACGGUGAAGCCAUCUGGACACGAAGCGGGAGCGUGUCGUGGAAGACGACCUAUGACAGGGCGAACCAGUAUGCACAGAUGUUCUUGUCUCAAGGUGUUCGGCCGGGGGACUUCGUUGCGAUUCUCAUGCAAAACUCGCCCGACUUUGCAUUCGCCUGGGUUGGACUGCUUGCAAUUGGUGCGGCGCCCGCCAUGAUUAACUACAAUCUCGUCGGCAAAGCUCUCCUCGGCUGCAUCGAGAUCAGCACCGCCAAACUCGUAGUCGUCGACGGCAGCCCUGAUAUCGCGGCCAAGUACAACGACGUUCAGACCGAGUUGGAUCUCAAGGGCAUCAGAGUCGUCAACAUCGGAGAAGAGAGGGAAAAGAUAUAUCAGAUGGAUCCCAUCCGUCCGCGAGACGAGCUUCGGAAGAAUCUGACGCCUGCCGAUGCAAUGGCCAUGUUCUAUACGAGUGGAACUACCGGGCUACCCAAGGCUGUAAUCAUGCCUGCCGCUGCCGCUGGAAGCCUCGCAUUAUCGAACGACAUUGGCUUGCAUCCGACAAAGAGCGGGAAGGAAAGAUGCUACAUUUGCAUGGUAAGUGAAUACGCCUAUAUUGUGAUGAGUGAAGUUUCUAAAAGGAUUGAUACAGCCGUAUUAUCACGGGACUGGCGGUAUUACUAUGAUAUCCCAGAUCUUGUCUGCAUGGCACCCAAAUUCAGUGUCUCAAACUUCUGGGAAGAUGUUCGUGACUCCCACGCCACUUGGUUCGUCUACGUUGGCGAGACUCUCCGAUACCUCUUAGCCUCGCCUCCUUCGCCGCGCGACAAAGACCACAACAUCCACGCUGUUUUCGGCAACGGCUGCCGACCCGACGUAUGGAAACGCUUCCAAGAGAGGUUCGGCGUCGACACGCGAGAUCCAAAAACUGGCCUGGCCCUGCGCGCUUCGUAUGAAGUCGGUGGCGAGAUCUUGGUCGAGCACCCUGGAGAACGAGCGUUUCCGGGCUACUUCAACAACGAGGACGCCACCAACAAGAAGUUCGUCCGCGAUAUUCUGAAGAAGGGUGAUUGCUUCUACCGGACCGGCGACUCUUUGCGGCGCGAUAGUGAAGGCAGAUGGUUUUUCCUUGAUCGUCUAGGUGAUACGUACCGUUGGAAAGGCGAGAACGUCUCGACUGCGGAAGUCUCAGAAGUCCUUGGUAGCUACCCAGGUGUCAACGAGGCAGUCGUCUACGGUGUCCAGCUUCCCGGACAUGAUGGUAAGGCUGGUGCGGCAGCCCUAGACAUUGCUGCGGACCAGAAGGGGUCUUUCAACUAUGCCGACUUCCUGAGUUUCGCCCGAUCAAAGCUCCCAAGAUAUGCCGUGCCGGUUUUCAUCCGGCUCCUGAACGAGGGCACAGCAACGCACAACAAUAAGCAGAACAAAGUGCCGCUGAAGAAUGAGGGCGUGGAUCCGAGUAAGAUCCAAGGCGGCGAUCAAUUGUUGUGGAUUGAGAAGCACGGGAAAGGAAGCACGUAUGUCCCAUUCACUCAAGAUGACUGGAACAACCUCGGUAUGGGAAAGGCUAAGCUGUAA